CCGUUCCCCAACCUCCUCCUCUUUCACCACCUCCGCAACCCCCCCGUCCCUCUCUCCCCUCAAUCCAGUUUUCUCCGUUCCGGUUGGCUCCUGAUUUUCCCCCCCUCCUCCGGAAUCACCAUGUCGUCGCUACCCCUGGAGCCACCCACCUACCUCAGUUCGCUACAGAACAACAUCCGAGCUCGUCCCAUCCCAUGGGAGGGAGCUGUCCGAGCGGGAAACAUCACCGAUGACCACCUGAAGAAGAUCAAGGCGGUGGACAAGGUUCGCAAGGAGCAGCGGCGUCAGACUGUCGAGGGGGAUCUGGCUGGUUAUGUUGGUCUACUCUCUGGUGGCUCUGAAGGGAAGAGCGUGCUGGACUCCGCUUCCAGGAGAACCGAUAUUGUGCAAUACAUUCUCGUGCUGGCCGCGGAUUUGAUCAACGAUGUCCCCUCCCUCUCGACCGCCCUGGUCGCGCAUCCCGACCCUUACAAGCCAUUCCUUCCCCUCUUGCGUCACUCCACCAACCCCGAAGACCCAAUCCCUCUGCUCACCUCCACCUUCUUGACCAACCUUGUCUCCGUCAGCCUGGGCACGUCAUCUAAGCCAGCUGCGCGGGAUGACGAAGCGCUUCCGCAGUUGUACACCUAUCUCUCUACCCUGACCCAGAACCAAGACAGCGGGCUGCAGGAUAUCGGGGUUCAGGAGCUGUCCGCAUUGCUACGAACCUCGAGGUCUCGCGAGAUCUUCUGGAAGCAGAGGCAGCAGACCGUUGAGCCGUUGAUUGAGAUCCUGCGUGCAGCUACGGGUGCAAAAGAUAGCAGCUCCAGCACCUUGGCUGGCAGCUCGCGCGCGAUCGAGCCUGGUCUUGCCGGUGGUGUUGGUCUCCAGCUGUUGUACCGGGUCUUGCUUGUCCUCUGGCAGCUCAGUUUUGAAGGAGAGUUGAUUGGUGAUGAUCUGCAAGCGGACUACGAGUUUGUCCAGCUGUACACACACCUCCUACGCCUUUCUCCGAAGGAGAAGACCACGCGACUCCUCCUUGCGACCCUCAACAACCUCCUGUCUAGUAACCGCACCACCCUACUCCCGGUCGCAGUCUUUGUCCGCCUCCCUGCCCUCCUCACGAACCUCGCCGGCCGCCAUCUGACCGACCCCGAUCUCCUGGAGGACCUUACAUUCCUGUCCGAAAUGCUGGACGAGUACACCAAGACACAGACGACGUUCGAUCAGUACGCAGCUGAGCUGCAGUCCGGCCACCUCCGGUGGUCCCCGCCCCACCGCAACCCUACCUUCUGGAAGGACAAUGCCCGUCGCAUCCUCGACGAAAACAGCGGUGCACUGCCGAAGAAGCUGUCCGAAAUCAUGUCUAAGAGCUGGGAUAACGACAAACAGGUGCUGGCGAUUGCCUGUAACGACGUGGGUCACUUGGUGAAGGAACUGCCCGAACGGCGGGCACAGCUGGAAAAGCUGGGUCUGAAGACUCGUGUCAUGGAGCUGAUGACGGACAAGGACGAAUCGGUGCGGUGGGAGAGUUUGCGGGCGGUUGGCGAGUGGCUGCGCUACACGUUCGAUGACUAGAGCUCAAUAGAGCAGUGUGACGUGAUGUGACAUAUUACCCCGUGCUUGUUUGAUCUGCUUCUGUCUGGCCGAGCACAGACCUGCUCCGGCUGUAUUGUAUGGAUUCUCAGCGUAAAUCAUUUCGAAAUGCCAUUGUCGUGUGCACAUAGCCAACAAACUCGGUCCCGAUAAGGUUUCCGCUCGGAAGCACGCAAGCC